UGAGGGAAUACACUGGCAUUAAGAGGGGGAGAGAAUGUCGACCAGGUACCACCAGGCUGCCAUUGAUGGUUAUCAGGAGAUCUUAAAGGAAGCCACUAAAAAAGAUGUUAACACCACAGAUGGGGAUGGCAUGACUCCAACCAUUCUAGCUGCUUACCAUGGGCAUCUCGACGUCCUUGAGAUUUUAUGCCACAGAGGAGGGGAUCCAGACAAAAGUGACAUCUGGGGUAACACACCACUGCAUCAUGCAGCUGAAAAAGGACAUGCAAGCUGCGUUUCAUUCCUGGUCAACUUCGGAGCCAAUAUAUUUGCACUGGACAACAAAUACCGUACUCCACUCGAUGUGGCUGCUAUAAAAGACCGUACAGAGUGUGUCAAAAUUCUGGAUGGAGCAGCAAAUAAACAAGCAUCUCUAAACCCAAAAAAGGUAGAAAGGCUGAAGGAACAAGCAGUGAAGGACGCAGAUAGGAAAGUCAAGGAAUGUGAGAAAAUUCAAGAUCGGCAUCAGAAUCAGAUGACCAAGAAUUAUAAUAAAAGUAAAGGUGGAACAGUUAACUCUUCCAAAGGAACCUUGUCUGGCACAGUCGGUGCUCGAUUCUCUACUCCAUCGACUAUAAGCAGUAUCUCCAAAGGUCUGAAGGACACGUUCCAGCUGAAGUUAAAAAAGAAAGGCAAGAACACAAUUGACAGAGAAACAGUGAGUAAUGUGAUUUUUGCCAAUGAUGAAAGUGUCAAUGUUUCACGUCCUAAAGCCCAGGAUGUUUUUAAUGAAAACGAGGAAGAAAAUGAAGGGAAAGAAGAAGAAUCCAUCUUUAAUCGGCCUGGUCUUGGGAAUAUGAUGUUCCGACGCAAUCUAGCUUCAGGAAUUGGUACUGAUUUUGAUGAUCUAUCAACAGUUAGAAGUGAUACAGGUUUCCAGAUUCCAAGUGAACUGUUUACAGAAGAAGCUGAAAAUGGGGAAGAGUCAGAUGAUGAACAAGAAUCUAACGUGGCUUGGGAUGAAGAUGAGGUGGAAUUGGACGAUGAAGAUGAAACCUCUGCUCUUCAGGUCUUUCUGGUAUCUCAUGGUUUGAUAGAAUUAUUUGCUACUCUUAUCCGGGAAAAGAUAGAUUUGGAUGCACUUAUGCUUUGUUCUAAUGAAGACCUGCAAAGCAUUAACAUUCCACUCGGACCGAGGAAGAAAGUUCUCAAUGCCAUAGAAAAAAGGAAGAAUAUCAUUGAUAAACCAGGAAAAACUGUUGAUACUAAAUUAUAAAACUGGUGUGAGAUCUUGUGUAUUACCUGGUCCUAUGGAUUCAUAGGCUCGGUCAAAUCACACUUUCCCUGGUAGCAUUCCUCCAAUCUCCCUCUCCUCAGCUGAUUCACUGAACAAAGUUUAAGGACUGGUACAUGCAAAUAUACCAAGAAAGAGUGUAUGAGGAUGGCAGAACACCAAAAACUUUUUGAGUUUUAGUGGUUUCUCAAGGCAAGACUCUACAUCUGCUAAUUUGUAUUAUUAAAUUAUUUUGUGUCAGUGGCCAAGAUGUACAAAAGAACAAAUGUAUGUGUAUUCAUUAGUCAAGCCUCUAGAAUUUAUUUUCCAAGUCUCUCUUAUUACUUCUCCAAGGCAAACUACACCUUCAUCAAAUCAUAUCGUAUACAGAAUCAUUUGUAAAGUCCAAAAAUUCAGUGGUCAAUUUAGACAAAAAGCAGCAAAAAUGAAAGUAGGUGCCAUAUUGUUUAACACAGAGCACAUGUAUUCAGAAGUAAAAAGGACUCUUUUGUUAGAUACUAACUUUGAACCAUUGUGUUUCCGGGAGCAGCACACUAGGCACAAGAUGUACAGCUGCUGUUCUAUGGUUUUCUAUGGUUAUUAUUGAGAUUAAACAAAACCACUGGACUAAUAAACAGAUUUAUAAAAAAA